GCGUUGAUGAAUGAGCGUUUGGCAGUGGACGCACCGAAGUUAGAGUCGACCGGCGAAGUGCCCGAACUCGAUGAAUCCAUCUUCACACAAGAACAAAUCGGUUCUGAUUUCAGUUAUCCAACUAAAACACCAACAUUAAUGCAACAAAUGGCUCAGCCGUUGGCGAUGGGUCGUCCACUGCUACCGUUGAAGACGAAUUUACUCGGCCGACGUGCAGUCAGAUGUAAACAGUGUGAUCACAGUCUGUGUAAAUCUGAAUAUAAUCCAAAUUCGAUCAAGUUCAAG